AGAGCAGCAAUGGUUGAGUCAGCCAGAACCGCAGUGGAGCCGCACUGAGGCAAAGCAAGUUAUACCCCCCCUGUCUGGGGACUAGCACAAGAAAUAGGGGGAGAAGAAGAAGAGAGGAGAAGGAAAUUGUAUUCUGCCAAAACCUGAAUGCCGCCUGUUCAAUCAGAUUAACCGGAUAACUGGAAUUCCACAACUCCUGCUGCAACAGAGCUCCCGAAUUCGAGCUACAAGAUGACCGUAGUGGCAGGAGAUAACAUGGACGAGACCGUGGCAGUGCCGGGGCACCCGCAGGACUCGUACCCCCCCGACCACGAAGACCACGACUGCUGCGAGAGGGUGGUCAUCAACAUAGCGGGGAUGCGGUUCGAGACACAACUCAAAACUCUCUCCCAGUUCCCCGAGACAUUGCUAGGCAACCCCAAGAAGAGGAUGCGCUACUUUGACCACCUGAGAAACGAGUAUUUCUUUGACAGAAACCGUCCCAGUUUCGAUGCCAUCCUCUACUAUUACCAGUCCGGCGGUAGGCUGAGAAGGCCCGUCAACGUCCCGUUGGACAUGUUUUCUGAGGAGAUCAAGUUUUAUGAGUUGGGAGUGGAUGCCAUGGAGAAAUUCCGUGAGGACGAGGGCUUCGUUAGGGAGGAAGAACGUCCUUUACCUGAGAAGGAGUUCCAGCGUCAGAUCUGGCUGCUUUUUGAGCACCCAGAGAGCUCCGGUCCAGCCAGAGGGAUUGCUAUAGUAUCUGUUAUGGUCAUUCUGAUUUCUAUAGUCAUCUUUUGUUUAGAGACUUUACCUGACUUGAAAGAAGACCCUAGGGGUCGGUUUAAGACUGUAGGGAACCAUACUUUUUUCUACAAACCAAACAUCCUAACCGAUCCCUUCUUCAUUAUUGAAACUCUUUGCAUUAUCUGGUUCUCGUUUGAGUUGUUGGUGCGUUUUUUCGCGUGUCCAAGUAAGGCGGUCUUCUCCAAAAACAUGAUGAACAUUAUUGAUAUAGUGGCCAUCAUUCCUUACUUCAUCACACUGGGAACGGAGCUGGCUGAGGACCCCGAAGACCAGGAUGAGGGCAUGGGGGAGCAGGCAACAUCUCUGGCCAUCCUCAGGGUGAUCCGUUUGGUCAGAGUGUUUAGAAUCUUCAAGCUGUCACGACACUCCAAAGGAUUGCAGAUCCUGGGACAGACCCUCAAGGCCAGUAUGCGAGAGCUCGGAUUGCUGAUCUUCUUCCUCUUCAUUGGAGUCAUCCUGUUCUCCAGCGCGGUGUAUUUUGCAGAGGCCGAGGAGAAAGGGUCGCACUUCGGCAGCAUCCCAGAAGCCUUCUGGUGGGCCGUGGUAUCUAUGACAACUGUGGGCUAUGGGGACAUGGUGCCUGUCACUAUAGGGGGUAAGAUAGUGGGCUCCCUUUGCGCCAUAGCUGGUGUGUUGACGAUUGCGCUCCCAGUGCCUGUCAUUGUGUCCAACUUCAACUACUUCUACCACAGGGAGACCGAGGGAGAGGAGCAGGCCCAACUCUUAAACGUUAGUGAACCAAACAUUAGUGAAAGCAAUUCUAGUCGCCGUAGCUCAUCCACUGUCAGCAAAUCAGAGUACAUGGAGAUUGAUGGAGAUAUAAAUAAUAGCAUCGACAAUUUUAGAGAGGCAAACCUCAGAACUGGCAAUUGCACUAUAGCCAACCAAAACUGUGUAAAUAAAAGCAAGCUGCUCACAGAUGUGUAGAAUUAGACACCACGGGACUUAAAUGAUGCCGUCACAUGUUAACUGCACUAGACCAUCAGGUCUGAAAGCUUCAUUCGCCUCCUAUAAGCGUUCUAGCAUUACGACAACAACCAUGCGCAGCAAUUUGAAAGUAAUUAUUACAGGGAGAAAAAAGAAAAUGAAGCUGUUAAUAGAGAAUAUAACAUAUAGAUAGAGUAAAUUCAUUAUUCUAAAAUGAUCCUUUAAAUAAGUAUUGAAAAAGAAAAAAGAAACAACUUCUAUUUAACAAGCAAAUGCGGGCGUCCUUGGAGGAACACUAAUCAACAGCACUCACGAGGACAUAUCUGUCUUUAUCAGACGAAGCCAGGCGUUGUAAUUCAAAUGUAAUGCAUGGAUUACAGAUAACAUUUCAGCAAGUUGCACAAUGCAUCAAGGAGAAAAUGCAUCAGAAAUAUGCUCUGCUGCCUGCAGAGAGAGAGAGAGAGAGGGAGGGACGCAAGUCAGCAUCUGUAGCAGUCAGACAGUGGUUGGAUCGAGCGACGCCUCGCCCGAAGUCAGAGAGGCUACUCCUCUACCCCUCUGUCAUCAAAGGAUUUACUAUCCAGCAAAGCGCCCAGGAAAAAGACUGAUCGCUGUUCUCCUGGUUUGGAUGAUGACGAGGAGGAUCUAGGAUACGGACAUCCGCAAUGCUGCUAUUUUCCAGCAGUAAGAUGCUGUAAUUAUGAUAUCACUAAGUGAUUCAAUGGGAUUUUAGCCCUUUAAAUGCAAGACAGCACAAUUAUAUAACAAAAGAGCUUCACAUGAGCAUGUUUAGAAACUUUCCAUACAUGUUGAUAUUGGCAUGCGUGUUGAUGAGACAUAACCUCAUAAUAAUGGAGAAAAAAUAUUUUGGAUAUUUGCAUCCCCCUUAUGCCUUCAUUCGAUUCUUCCACCCAUUUAUGCUUUUGUUUCACUGAGAGUGCAGUACUGGUUUCAAAUAGGUUUUUCAUUUCAAAAUGCUAAUCGUUUAGAAGUAUCUAGGGAGUGAAUGUUAAAAAUCGUAAGGGAAACAGUAACUAAACUAAGAUCAUAGCAUGAGAAAAAUCAACCUGCAUUACGGCCUAUCGACUAGAUACUGUGUAUACUAGUAUAUCUAAUGCAUGACGUCAGUAUUCAGCUUGUUGCAGUUACAGACACUGAAUAGUGUCUCAUACUGUCAUGGAAACGAAACGUGGGUCAUUUAAAAAGAAACGUUUCUGAAAUGUGACAAAAUACAGUAUAUCCAAACCCAACUCCGGGGUUCAGACUUAAAACGUUCUCGAUCAAAGAAGCAGAAUAAAUACCUAUUAUCAAAAAUGCAUAUUCUCCUAAAUACGCACCAAGUAUUACAGUAUUACUUCAAUAGUGCAGUGCAUGGACCUUCUUUGAACAAAGAAAAAGUAAACAUAUUAUGAGUCAUGUCUUCCAUUUCACCACUAAAUUUAGGGACGUUUGUUUAUUUUCACAAACAAAACAAUCGAAAUAGCUCUAAUUUGAAUGAAAUUAGCGUUUGUUUAAUAAAUAUUGCAAAUCAUUAUUUUGCACUUGAGUUGCUAGUGCCUUUACCCCUCUCACCAUGCAACAGGUUCAGUGAAAGUGCCUCUGUGUAUAUAGCCUACAACAUAAAUACAUGUUGAACAGAUCAGGUGCAGAUGCUGUUAUUAAUGCUGUUAUUAAUGCUGUUAUUGAUGUGGAUGAUGAUGAUGGUUAUUAAUACAGUGAGAGAAUGUUCAGUGAAAACAACCAUGGAAUUCCAUUACCAAAAUGACCCAGGAUUGACUUUACCCAAGAUUCUAGAACAAGAUUCUAGAACAACUCAACAUUGUUGUCCUCAUGAUGCACUUAUGCUCUUCCUGGAACCAACCAUCCUCCUGUGCUUUAUGUUUCUUCACCCAUGCACCACUUCAAAUCCAAAGGGAAUAUCCAUUGCUUUGCAUUUGCUUUGCAUUGCAUUGUUGCUAUUGAUUUAUGUGCCAUAAGUCUUGCGUGUCUACCUCAGUGAGGUUACUGCAGAACUCACUGCAGAACUGAAGCCAGACUCCUAGCCAGGCAGAGCUGCAAAGCAGGCUAUAUCGAUGCAGAGCAGAGCUUACUUCUUCCACAACAUGAAAAAUAGCCUUUUAGUGGACUAGGCUGUGGUCAUCAGGGCCUGCACUUAUAAAGUGCCUCAGAGUAGGAGCGCAGAUCUAAGAUCAGGUCUCCCAAUGUCCAUGUAAUCUUAUUCAUUCUGAUCUAAAAGGCUAAUCUGAUCCUAGAGCUGUGCUCCUACUCUGAGACACUUUGUGAUUACAGGCCCAGAUGCUGAAUUGUUAGAAGCACUUAAAAUAUACUCUAGCACCUUUAACCCUAGCCCUUUUCCUACCAAGCUAUGCAUAAUCAAAAAAGAAAAUAAACAAAAAUGUAUAUACAGAUGUAGGAUCUUAAUUUGAUCCAUCUUUUGUUGAUGAUAAUUUUCCUGCAUGGCAGGAAAUGCAAACUUGUGGUGUAUUCAAGGUUUAAAAAGGCUUUUAAAGUUUGUAAUUUCUGCUUUAAAAAUGUCAGAUUUGAUUUGCCCUAAUGUAAAAUGUAUCAACCCUUACAAAAAAUGCCAAUGAAUUAUAAUCCACAUUUCCUGUUGCUGCAAAUGUAUUUCCUGCUGUAGAAAACUAGCUCAAAUUAAGAUCCUACAUCUGUAGUAGCAGAAUAGACCAGAGCAUAAUGAUAUAGACUGGCUGAUUCUCGAAAAAACAUGUUAAUACAAGUGGUUUGGUUUCAAAUCAAAUCAAAUUGUAUUGGUCACGUACACAUAUUUAGCAAACGUUAUCGCAGGUGCAGCGAAAAGUUUAUGUUUCUAUCGCCAACAGUGCAAUAUUACCUAGCAAUGGUGUGUAUAGACAGUAUGGACAGUAUAUGAAUAGAAAAGGUGUGUACAGCAGUAGUUAUACAGAAUGGUGUGUAUAGACAUGAUUAAAGUGACCAGUGUUCCAUGACUAUGUAGAUAGGGCAGCAGUUUCUGAGGUGCAGGGUAACCAUUUGGAUUCUUUGGUGUGACAGUUGAGAAGCAAUGCAGGUUUGAUACUAUUACGCAGUGGUGGAAAAAGUACCCAGUCGUCAUACUUGAGUAAAAGUCAAGAAACCUUAACAGGAAAUUACUCAUGUAAAAGUGAAAGUCACCCAGUAAAAUAAUAAUUGAGUAAAAGUCUAAAACUAUUUGGUUAUAAAUGUACUUAAGUAUCAAAAGUAAAAGUAUAAAUAAUUUAAAAUUACUUAUAUUAAGCAAACCAGAUGGCACAAUUGUUCAUGUUUUUUAAAAUGUACAGAUAGCCAGGGGCACAGUCCAACACUCAGACAUCAUUCAGAAACAAAGCAUUUGUGUUUAGUGAUUUCGCCAGGUCAAAGGCAGUAGAGAUGACCAGGGAUGUUCCCUUAAGAAGUACGUGAAUUGGACCAUUUCUGUCCUGCUAAGCAUUCAAAAUGUAACGAGUACUUUUGGGUGUCAGGGAAAAUGUAUG